AAAAAAUUUAUUAUUAAAAAAUAAAAAGCAAAAAAAUCCACAGUAAUAAGUACGACAAAAGCCAUAAAGCUAGCUCUGAGUUUAUAUGGGGGUCAUAGAAAAAAUUUGAUGAAAUUAUGAUCCAUCAUAAUUAAGAUAUCUUUAUAAUUCGUAUGUAAAUGGCAGCUACAACCUCAUCAAACUGCAGCAGCUUCUUCAAUUUCCGGGCAGCUGGUGGGCAUAGCAAGGUUCGCAACUCAUCGUCAUUUUCCGGCCAAUCUGGUUGUCGGAAGGUCGACGGGGUGGCAAUGUGGCUAAUCAACGGUGUAACGACGGCAUUCUUCGCUUCCCUAGAGAGAUGUUCUUGUAUACGUGUAACGACCGUAGAGGACGAUGGCGAGGAUAUGAACGAGAUGCCACUCAUCUUCAAUGAUGAUGAUACAACACAUGCUCAAAAGGUUAGUGGUAUUAGAAGGAGGUGUUUAAGAGGGAAGAAGAAAGCCGGAACUUACGCUACUGUAGACUAAUAAUGCUCCGCCAUAGCUAUAUUAAAACUCUUUGUGUCUUAAUUAACUAUUUUUCUUCGUUUGUUAUUAUACUAGUACUAUAAACCUUUUUUUUAUUUUCUUUUAUUUAUUUAUUUACCAGUAACUUUAUAUUCUAAAAGAAAAAUAUCAAACUAUAAUAAUUAUGGUUCUUUUUUAUUAACUAAACAACGUUUUUUUAUUUUUUUCCUUGAAUGAGCCACAAGAUCGGCAGUAUAGAUGAUGAUUCAUUAAGUGUUGAGUUCUCUAUCCAUGUAAUUGAAUUCCUUACAACUUUCAUUAAUGAAUUCAUGCUUGACUCUU